AGAAUGACUUGGUCUGGGUCUCCACUUGUGUAAUUGUCAACCAAAAUAAACUCCACUCCAGCAGAAGAGACAAAGUAGUAGUAGUUGUAUCUUCAUCAUUUCACCACUACUAGUAUAUCAUUUGCUUCCACAUUCACAACGAAGAUGUACAUAUAACCACCACCAAUAUAGAUACAUAUACAUAAAAUUACAAAACAUCAGUUAAUUUUCAAAAAUACCCAUAUUUGUUGGUGGUGAGGUAAUAAUAAUGGAGGUGUGGUCAUGCCCAACAAUCCCAACUUUGCAGAGGCCUUGGUGGUGGAGGUGGGUUAGUAUUGGAGGAGAAGAAGAAAGGAGGAGGAAGAGAGAGUUAUGUAGCUCUGUAUUUUCUGCUCUUCUUCACUACCUCUUCUAUGCUUUCUUCUCUUUCUUCUUUGCUGUAGUUGGGAUGACGAUAGGAGCAAUGGCAGGGGCAGUUUUGGGGAUGAAAAGUGAGAGGAAGAUUGGAUUAGUACAUGGGGCUGCUGUUGGAGCAUUCACUGGAGCUUCUUUUUCCCUUCACGCCGUUAGUGCUUCGUUUUCUCUCUGGAUUUCAUUUCAUGACAAUGAACCUCUCUCUCUCCCUCUCUUCAUUGAGGUUAUCACAAGCAUUCUGAAUCCAACACUAGUGUACCUAGGAGAAAAGUUUGGUCCAGGCAUGCAUGGUCCAGUAAGGAAUCAGGUGGCCACUGUUGAAACAAACAAUCAAGUCCCAAGAUUUAUAGACAGAAAGGGGGGCAAUGCUUUACAUAGAGGUUCAAUACUUGAUAAUCUCCCAAAGACUAGAAUCACAGAUAAGAAUAUCUAUGACUCUUCAGGAAAUAGAAUCUCCUGCUCAGUUUGCCUUGAGGAUUUUGAAGUUGGAGAAGUAGCUGAAAAGUUGCCAAUAUGUCUGCACAUGUUUCAUCGACGUUGCAUUGCUAAAUGGCGCGUUACGCACCGGUCUUGCCCCUUAUGCAGAACCAACCAAUAAGACUGUGGGAAAAUUACCAAUAGGUGUUAUUUUGAGAUUUAUUAUCCAUUAAGUUCUACUGAUAAAUUUAUCUAGUCUAUUUUUUUUAUAAAUAAAUUUACCGUAAUAAAUUUAUCUGUGUCUUUGUUUUUAUGAAUAAAUUUAUAAUGAUAAAUUUAUUAGUCUUUUGUUUUUGUAAUGAUAAAUUUAUCAGUUAGGACCUGUAGGU